CCCUCCCCUCUUCACUCAUAACAAUUGUUGUUCCAUGAUGGAGCAUCUCAAUCGCUUCGCCAGCGCCCUUUCUCAAGACGUUACCCUCCAACGCGCAAGACGUGACGGUGUACGUGUUGUUCGUGCUCUCCCCCGCGCCACAUCUGAUUACAUCAUCGAGAAAGCGCCUGUCGUGCAAUGGGCCCCUCAAUAUCAACCUAGAUGGAUUCUCUAUGAUGUCCUGGCUGGCAUCACUAUUGGAGUCUUGCUCAUCCCCCAGGCCUUGGCGUAUGCCAAGAUUGCCACGAUCCCAGGACAGUAUGGGUUGAUGAGCUCGUGGUUGCCGAACUUUCUGUAUUUCAUCAUGGGAACUAGUAAAGAUAUGUCAACGGGCCCAACGUCUCUCAUGGGCCUCCUCACAGCCGAGAUCAUCCGCGACUUCACACAAGACGGCUUCUCUCCUCAAACUAUCGCCUCUACAACGGCCAUGUGCGUCGGUAUAUGGUGUCUAGUCGUCGGUCUUUUCAAGCUCGGCUUCCUGCUCGAAUUCGUAUCCAUUCCCGUGCUCAAUGGCUUCAUCUCUGCUGCAGGUAUCGUUAUCAUGCUUGGCCAGAUCCCUUCGCUGUUCGGCGUCAAGGUAGGCUCAGGGACCGGCACAAUCAUCCACGAUCUGUUCAAGCAGAUUCCAGACUUCGAUGGGCCUACUACUGGGGUUGGACUUGGCGGGAUCGUGCUGCUUCUCAUUCUGCAGAAGGUUGGGGAGAAGUGGGGAAAGAAGAGUAAAGCGCUGUGGCUGGUGGGACUGGCGAGGAGCGCCAUUGUGCUUGUGUUAUUUACGGGAAUGUCGUAUGGGAUUAACAAGAACAGAGUGGACGAUCCUGUCUUUGAUUUGAGUAAGGUCAAGUCUGAUGGCAUCAACGCCCCCAAAAUGGUACCAACUACCUUAAUCCCAAGAGUCUUCCCCCGCGCCGUAGCCCCCUUUCUCGCCGCUACCAUCGAGCACCUCGCCAUCGCUAAAGGCUUCGCCCGCCGUAACGGCUACGUCAUCGAUCCCGCACAAGAACUCGUCUACCUAGGUGUUACAAACUUCUUCAACAGUUUCUUCUCAUCCAUGCCUGUUGGUGGCGCCAUGUCACGUACAGCCGUCAACUCGGCAACAGGCGUCAAGAGUCCGGCAUACGGACUUGUAGCAGGUGGUUUCGUGGUCCUCUCUAUCUUCGAGCUCACCCCGGCAUUAUUUUGGAUACCGAAAGCGACGCUCGCUGCUAUUAUCGUGCUCGCUGUGUGGUCCAUUCUAACCUCCCCCAAAGUCUUCUACCACUACUGGCGCACUUCCCUCACAGACUUCACCGCCUCCCAGCUCGCCUUCUGGAUAACCCUCUUCGUAUCCACCGAGAUCGGCAUCGGCGUCGCCGUAGGCUUCCAACUCGUCGUCCACAUCCUCUCCACAACCUUCUCGCGAAUCAACCGCGAAACCGUCUUCCCGCUCUCCCCUCCCUCUUCUUCUCAGCCACAAGAAAGCGCAGCAACGCCAGCGGGCUCCAUCAACACCACGACCUCCAUCGACAACGACAACAACGGGAGCAGAGGAGCAGGAGGAAGCGGACGAAGAGUCAUCCCGAGCGGGAUCCACGUCUUCACCCCGCACGUCCCAAUCAUCUUCUUCAACGCAUUCGCUUUGAAAGCACAGUGCUGGGAUCUCAUUCAGACGUAUACUUCUUCUCCCUCGCCUGCUGCGCUCGCCUCUCCUUCCUCGCGCAACUGGAGUACGGCGGGCCAGCGACGUGCUCGUCUCCUGCGCGCCCGUGCAGGCGUUUCUACGGACCCUCCUACUAUUGAGGGAGUGGUGCUGGAUCUGAGGAAUGUCGCCGCGAUUGAUACAACGGGGAUUGUAUCACUGAGGGACCUAAGGGAUGAUUUGAAGGCGUAUGUUGGAGAUAAUGAUGGGGGGAGGAAGGUGGAGGUGAAACUUGUCGGGGUGACUGAGGGGGUUCGAAGGAGGUUUGAGAGGUUUGGAUGGGGGCUUGUUGAGGUUAGUAGGCGUGGGUUUGAAAGCCAGGGUAGUGUUGCUGGUGAAAGUGUUGUGGGGGACAGUAAAGAUGAGGGGUUGAAAGAGUACAUGUUUUUGGAAGAUGCGGUUUGGGACUGUGGGAGUGGUGGGAGGAGAGACAGGGAAGUUGUUGUGCUGAGGGAGAGUGGUGGCUUUAAGGGGAAUGGGGAUGAGAAGGUUUGAUGGGCUCUUUUACUUGCCUCAUUUCUGGUUUGACGCUUUUGAUAUUGGACUU